AUGGGAAGGAAAUAUCGUUCAGUUUCGUCUUUCUGCCGUCCUCGACCCUCAGGUUGGUUUCUGAGAAUUUUAAAACUCAGAUUCUUGCUAAAAUUCUGAGAAUAACUACUCGUUUUUGUAAUACCAAACGCUCUAUUGGCUGGAUAAGCGUUUUCUUUUGAAUAUUUCACUGAAAAGUUGAAAAAUAACGCUGUUAGAAACUUCUUUGCCGUGUUCAAAGGUGGUCUGCGAGGUUGAAAAUAUUCGUCAGGGAGUAAAAAAAAUGACUAAAGACAGAUAUAAUUUUGAGAAUCGCAAAAAAAAGUAACAAGGAAAGUCAUUUUUGCGUAGGGUUUGAAAUUCCUAAAAAUUUGCUCAAAAAAUCUUUGAUGGACUGGACAGCUAGGAGGGUGGUGCAGUGGUUAGCGCGAUAGUCUGCAAAGCCUAUGAUGAAGGUUCGAAUCUUUUGGCCGCUAUCGUUUUUUGCCUGAUUAAAACCGUUCCAAAACCUUUAGAAUAGCUGUCCGAGAUAGUGCGAAACAUAUUGGUCGCAUUGGGAAUGGCUUCAGGCUUAAUGAAUAGAAAGUACUAUGGAAAAAGUGCAGCUUUCAAAAUCACAAGCGUUUAGCCAUUCUCAAAGCAUCAUAGCGUUUUGAGUUGUAGCAAAUCUUUUCUCCAAAAAUGAGCUCAAAAACAACUAAAUGUCGAAAUAUUCAGAAACGAUGCGAUUGCUGACGUUCUCGACCCUCCUGGCCCUUCUCGGCGUCUCGUUGGCCUACGUCGCCCAAGACUUGGACCACUCCCAGCCCGACGACGAAUUCAGCCACAAACGCUUUGGAUUUCCAAAAAUUCCAUUUUUUGGAGGAAGACCCGGCCCUCCGAUGAGACCCGGCCCUCCGAUGAGACCCAGUCCUCCAGUUCAAGCUGUUCCUCCUGGUAGUAAACCGAACUAUUGGGCAGAAAUCAUGCCUUCAAUUAUCACGACAGCCGGUACUCUGGGCAGCACCUAUAUAAUGACCCAUCCGCAGCAACAGGGUAGUUAUCCUCCGCAGGGCGACUAUCCUCCGCAAGGUGGUUACCCGCAGCAAGGUGGUUACCCCCCGCAAGGAGGUUUCCCCCCGCAGGGUGGUUUCCCUCCGCAUGGAUAA